AUGUGUAGGGCCUUCCCUACGACGCUGAAGGGUGCGGCAAGAAUUUGGUUCAGCCGGCUGACACCUAACUCCAUCAGCACCUUCAAGGAGCUGAGCGCUCAAUUCACUUCACACUUCAUCGGAGGACAUCGAUACAAAAAGUCUACGGCUUGCUUGAUGAGUAUCAAACAGCGAGAGGAGGAAACGUUGAGGGCCUACAUAUCCCGCUUCAAUAAGGAGGCACUCUCGAUCGACGAAACCGACGAUAAGAUACUUGUCGCAGCAUUCACGAAUGGGCUGAAGAAGGGUAAGUUUUCGUUCUCGCUGUAUAAAAACGACUCGAAGACCAUGUCGGAAGUGCUUUACAGGGCCACAAAGUAUAUGAACGCCGAAGACGCGCUGUUGGCCCGAGAAGAAAGGCCCAAGGAAAGAGAAAGGCAGGAAGACACCCGACAGGACCAAGGUCGAAAGAAAGCGAGGACGGGAGACCGAAGGGAUGAGAGGCGCCCUAAGCCCCUGGGGGGAAGAUUUACAAGCUUCAUUCCAUUGACCGCCCCGAUAGAUCAAGUCCUAAUGCAAAUCAAGGACGAUGAGGCUCUAACGUUCCCUGGAAAGCUGAAGAGUGAUCCCAACAAACGUUCUAGGGAUAAGUAUUGCCGCUUCCACCGUGACCAUGGUCACGAUACGGCCGAUUGCUGUGACCUAAAGCAGCAGAUCGAGGCCCUUAUCAGACAAGGAAAACUGUAG